AUUUUGUUGCAAUUCAGGCGGAGUGGGGAGUGAGAAGUGGUGUUUGUUAACGGCCACUUUUAACACCACAAAAUCUUCGAGGGAGACGGAUUUGUAGGAAAUAUAGCUUGCUGUGCUUCCUACACAGUCCGACGAAGGAUUUCAGAGUAUAUUCUCAUAUUUUUCUUCUGACGAAAGGCUUCAACAACCAAGCCUGAAGAAGUCGGUCUAAGGCUUCUUGGAGCAUCGUGCGCCGAGGUGAAUUGAUGUUCAGCUCGGCUCCACGAGAAAACAACGCUCAUUGGCACAUGAAAACCUCAGACCUUGCUGGACACAAAAGUGCAGCGAGAAGUAGACAGAGAACUACUUCGAGGACCUGGGGCCCGAUUGGAGGUGAAAGACUAAAGAGAGAUCUCUGCUUCGUCAACUUUCUGGCAACAAAGAGGUGACACGUAGUGCAAAAGCAGUAUGGGAGGUGGAGAGAGGUACAACAUUCCAGUUUCCCACCCUGAACGCCCUUUGCCCAAGAAGAACCAUCAACUUGGCCGGGCUAAGCAGAGAAGCCGUGACCAGAACGGAGCAACAGCAGCAGCAUCUGCAGGAGGGGCAGGGGGCCUUCACCAUCAUGGCCACCGCAGGAGUGACAAAGGUGCAGCCUACCACAGGUCUCCAGAGGCGCGGCAGGCCGCGUCUGCAGAGAAGAAUGCUUCUGUCCGUUUUGCCACCAACUAUGAUCAGAACUGGGAGGGUGCAGUGUCUCACCUCAACACGCUCCUGGCCACCCAGGGAAGUCCAAGCUACGCAGGGCCUAAGUUCAGCGAGCCACCCUCGCCAAGCGUGUUGCCCAAGCCCCCCAGCCACUGGGUGUCCUUCCCAAUGGGCUCCUGUGACAACAGGGAGAUGAUGGCCUUCCAGCUCAAGAGCCUCCUCAAAAUGCAGGCCUGAGAGGGAUACCCACAUUUGAUUAUUUCAGAAAAAAGCCAAUGCAUGAACUGGGACUCUUUUGAAGGCAGCCACCUACCAAGAACACUGCAAUGCUGUAAUUCUUUUAUCUGUUUUUUUUAGAUUGACUUCAUUGAGGGUUAGGAGACAUUUAGAGCAGCAUUUUGCUUUUAAUGUUUACACCCAUUUUUUAAAACUAAUAUUUCAGUAUGUUACAGCCUUGCAGCCUUGUUGGUCGGUGAAGCCUUUAGAGGAGUCUGUGACUAAUGAUGAACUGGAUAUUCUUUGUACCUCUGUUUUGUUCUUUUUAAUGUUGGCUAUCAAAGCAGAUUGAGUGUGUUUUUGUCCAAACAAGGGUUAUAGUGUAGGUCAGGUAAGUUCCCAUCACUUUUACGGUCCAUUUCUGUGGACAGACAAGCCUCUUUAUUUCCAAAAGUUGAUCCUUUGGAGUCGGCUCUGAAGCUUCAGGUGCUAAAGCAAACUCACAUUUGUAGCAUUUUCUUUUUUGAGUAAGACCCACCAUUGUUUUCUUAUAAGUAUCCCGUUCCUUGUUUGGGUUGGAAAAUACACUCAACUGCAGUUCUGCAGGGAAAAAAAAAGCUAUCUUACUGUAGAUAAUAAGCUGUAGUCAGUAAGUACAGGUCAGAAAUAUAACCUCAAACUGAGACCAUGGCACACAGGCUUUGGGCUGUCAACUCCUGUACCCUUUUUUAAUUGCGCUGUGCGCACAUGCACUAUAGGAGUUGAUCUUGUCUAAGGCCCACAACACUCUAUCAUAGCAUUAUUUUGUACAAGUCCUUUUUGUUGUGAUUGACAUAUGUAUGAAGUGCUGUGAGUAACCAAAGCGAUGUUCCUGCGGUAAAUUCUUAUUUUAGACAUCCUCAAUAUGUGGUUGGCAUUAUUGCCAUUGCCACUUAAACCAUGCCAGCCUGAGCGGUGAAUGGGUCAGAGCCCCCAGGGUCACUUAUUCAUCUGUUCCAAUCAGCACUGUUAUUGCUCCUGAGCCUCUGCCUAUUCAGGACAGUGAUGCAGCUUUUGCGGAAGAGGGCCAUGCUCAGACAUGGGACUUUUGAGUUUCACUUUCUUCCUAAGUCACAUGACAUGGUCCUGUUGGCUGCAUGCAUUUGUAAACAAGGUCAAGCAGAGCUGGGGAAGGUUUCUGAAGUAAAGUGGCACAAGGGACUCAAUAUGAGGAAGGAGGCUGGUGCUUGUGUUUACAAAAUAGGUCUUUGGUGUUUGACCAUCCCAUAAUCAACAGGCGCCCGCUGCCUCUUUCCUCUGCCUCUUGUUUACCCUCUUGCACUGCAAUCAGACAAUUUUUUUUUCUUCCAUAAGUUACAGGCCAUGAUGCUAUUGAAGUGAAGGAGGCGUAAAUGACUAUCUCCCAGUGGAUUCUGUGUUUUUGUGACUCAGUCCUCUAUUGAGGCUAUUUGCUUUCCCUUUGCAGAAUUGGAGCUGUUUAUGGCCAGCCUAAAGAUGACAAAACAAAGUACGAGAGCUUGUUAGCGUGUUCAAGAGCCAUGUAAAUAAUGACAUGUAUAAAGUACUUGUAGCAUAUGUACAUUUGCAGACCACGUUUGAGGCCUGCCCGACAAAAGUAUUUUUAGUAAUAACACUGAAUGUAUAAGACAUGCUAAGGACAUGUCUUGACUUCAAUACUGAAGAAUAUUUUUGUUAAAAAAAUCUGCCUAUAGCAUUUGUCAGUACCCCUGCACUGUUAUCUUUCCAGAGAUCUUGCACAUGUUUUUUAUUGUUUUGUAUUAUGCAGUGUAGGGUGAAACAUGCUAAGUGCAAAUUAAGACUAUAACAAAUAUCAAUUGGAUCUUAGGAGACUUGCAUAUGUAUGGAUUUGAGUUCUGAAUGUGCUUACAGUUUGUAAGCGUGAUGCUUUUAAUCUUGAGUUGACCUGUUUGUGCCUAAGUUGAAACCCAUGCUGCAACUAUUUUCAUUAGCAGGUAAUGCCACAAAUUGACCAAAUGUUUUCAUCAGAACCACUUUCAGUUCUCGGCUGUUCUUCCGCCAGCUGACAAUUGAAUUUGGCCCCAUGCUGUUUUAAGUAUUACCCUCUGUUGGUUGUUCAUGUAGACAGUUUCUUUCUUGCUCUUGAUUGAGUCAUGCAUGGCGAAGUCUCCUUAUUCUAAAUUUGAAACUUUUAAUGAAUUGGCUAUGAAUUUGUCCUCCCCCGCGAUACAAUGUCACUGAAGAUGAAAAAGAAAAUGUGCCCUGUUUUUUUAAGAUUGGUAUGAAUUGUUUAUAACAAAAAAAUUGAAUUGGGAAAAAGCAAAUGUUAAAAAAUGCACUCAUUGAAUUAAUGACAAAAUUUUACAAAAAAAAAAAUAAAUCCCUUCCCCCUCCCCCUA